AUGAGGUAUUUGGAGCAACGUCAUCACCACGCGGUCGAGGCUAACUUCCACUCUGAGAAUGAAAUAGGCGACCAGGAUACCAAGAGGUCCAACAGCAUAAAUAGCCACGACGAAGCGCUCGAGGUCAUAUUCGAAGGCGGCAGUAUUCAUAGGCGCAAAGCCUCCUUAGCAUCUGCGCUUCCGCACUCAAACUUCGGUAACAUGAGUGCUCGGCCAGGUCACGACCGCCGCAACACAUCGUGCAUAGUCCACGAACUACUCGAGAAGCAAGAUGGUGUACCAUCUAGAGAUCACGACCAGUCCUACGAAGGGCUUGCCCAAGAGCGCUUGAUGGACAAAGACCCACAUUCGCACGCGCAAGAGACACAACAUUCGCGUUUGUUGACGAAAAAGCAAAUAUCGGACAUGGCGUUUGGAAUCCGAGAGCUAUCGAAGAAGCUGGCACAGAUCCGCCUGAAGCUGCACGUCAAAAACAUCUUCAUCCUUGGAAAGGCACACGACGAAAGUCUGAUCAAGAACACGAGGGAAACAACUGAUUGGCUUUUGACAAAGGACCCUAGGUACAAGGUGUACGUCGAGCAUACUCUGGAGGACAACAAGAUCUUUGAUAAAGAAAGAUUACUCGAGAAGAACCCUUCGUACGAUGGACGCCUAAAGUUUUGGACAAACGAGUUGUGUGAGCAGAAGCCACAGACUUUCGACAUUGUCCUUGCACUUGGUGGUGAUGGUACCGUUCUAUACUCAUCAUGGCUAUUCCAGCGCGUAGUCCCCCCUGUUCUUGCUUUCUCUCUCGGAUCGCUCGGCUUCCUCACCAAAUUUGAUUACGAACUCUACCCACAAACUCUCUCUCGCGCAUUCGAAGAGGGCAUCACCGUAAACCUGCGCUUGCGUUUCGAGGCAACGGUUAUGCGAUCACAAACACGCGAUAGCGAGGGCCAGCCAGACCUUGUGGAGCAGCUGAUUGGGGAAGAAGCCGAGGAUCAUCACACACACAAGCCGGAUGGCACCUACAAUAUCUUGAACGAGGUGGUGGUAGACCGUGGUCCAAACCCAACGAUGUCGUCGAUCGAGCUGUUUGGCGAUGACGAGCAUUUUACGACUGUGCAGGCAGACGGUAUCUGCGUAUCGACACCCACUGGCUCGACUGCAUACAACCUAGCAGCAGGAGGCUCGCUCUGCCACCCAGACAACCCUGUGAUUCUGGUCACAGCUAUUUGUGCUCACACUCUGUCCUUCCGACCAAUCAUUUUGCCAGACACAAUAGUACUGCGUUGUGGAGUGCCAUAUGAUGCAAGGACAAGCUCGUGGGCAAGCUUUGAUGGGAGAGAAAGAGUCGAGCUCAAGCCCGGGGACUACGUGACAAUCAGCGCGAGCAGAUUUCCGUUCCCGUGCGUGCUGCCUAUGGACAGGAGGAAAACAGAUUGGAUCAACAGCAUCUCGAGGACGCUGCAGUGGAAUAGCCGGGAUAAGCCCAAAGCCUUCAAGGAGUGGAAAGAGUAG